CCCCACAAAUCAAGGGAGAGAAAGUCACCAUCAAAGUCAGAAAUACCAAGGACAAUACUGAUGAAGAAGUGACAGCUUGAGCAUAUCCAAAAGAUAAGAUGGCCGGCACGAACGCAACCUUCGAGAAGCACGCUCUCAUUUUCUCCUUCUCCAAUGCCGGAGCAAAACUCUCAGCCGUGGAGAAAAGAAAAUGGGUAGUGAAAACCAUUCAGGAACAAGAGAACAUCAAGACUGAUGUCGAUAAGUUCUCCCUGCUCGGCUUGGGCAGAACCAUGAUGAUGGUGGUGUUCAAAGACGCCACCCAAGCAACACACUUGCUGGAAAAAUGUGAAAGUUUGAACCGUAACGGCUCUGUCUGCACCCUGUCACGCUGGAAAUCGGAAACAGCACAGCGAGCCGAGAUCUCGCCAGCGGCUUCCUACAAGCAGCGACUGAUGAGGGAACAGUUCUGGGCACAAUUCGACAACAUCCCCGCCAAAGGCCAUCCCCUGAUCAAAGACCACCUGGAAGUGGAAUACCCAGCCAACAAGGUGUUGAAACAGCAGACAGCUGCCGCUCUCUCCACUCCAGAGGACUAUGACAACAUCCUGGGCAUAGCCAAACAGACCAUCGAGGGACAAAGCCCACAGGCCGACCCAUCCCUCAAGAGGCAGGCCUCCCCCCAAAAGACCAACGACAACGAACCAAGCGGGAAGAAAAAAAGGAAGGGCAGCACACCUGUAGAGGGAAGCGAACCCACUGAGGACCUGAACCCACAGGCCCAUUUAACAGGCCGAGAUCAAGCAGACCAGGAUCUGAUCCAGCAAGGAAUGGUCAUAUCACCCACCAAAAAAGAGGAUGCAGGGAUAUCAAGAGGGAAGGGGGACUCCCCUAUCCCGUGGCUGCAAGAAUACCUCGAAAGAGCCAAAAACGAGAGAGAAAAAGGAUUUGACAUCCGUGUGGCAUGCAUGAAACAUCAAGAGAAAACAGGCAGAAACAACACGUCUACGAUAGCAGGCAUCCACACUACGAAGAAUUCAUACAACAUCCUGAGACUACAGAGCGAGCUAUCGGGAUUCGGUGCUUUCCGGUACCAUGAGAAGAAGAGGGAAAGAGAAGCUUCAGGCUCUGAAACUGAAUCCAGCGCCGAGACACAAUCCCACAAGGACCCAAUCAGGGACAUGGUACCUAAGAAAUGGAAGCCUUCGAAGGGUAGAGACAAGAUGCCUAGGAAAUCUCAGGCCGAUCCAUUUGAAAAAGGCAGCGCGCAGCGAUCUAUCAAACGGGAGAUAGUCAUUGUCGCAGCUCAGACAAAGUGCUUGUUUGAUCGGAACGAGGAGUACCGCCAGAAACACAGCAAAGAAUACUGCACAAUCCGAAAUGUUGCUGAGAACAGGACUCCCCACGUCACUGAGAAGGCAGCAUCAGACCGCAAAACUAUAAAAACCGUCAGACCUCUGGUCCCCGUCCAGUACAGGAGGAAAUUCGGCGAGUGGCAGGUGGCCACCAAUGUCUUGUUCACUGUCCCGACGCUGGGAGACCAGCGGAAUUUGGCUAGAGCCAUAAAAGAAGGAAUUUCAGAUGAAUUCUCUGCAGGCGUUUAUAAAGUCCCCGUGGCCCUUGCAGAACAUGCAGACGAAACAGGCCAGGCCCCCGACACAGCCAAGUCCUUCGAGCCAAUUUUAGUGAAACUGGACGAGAGAGCUAGAUUACAUGAAGGGCUGGUAUGGUCCCAUAUUCUCAUCACAGAGCAUUCUCUGCGAGACGAAGCUACGGCACUCCAUGUGGAGCCCGAUGACGAUAAAGGAAGCAUGGUCGACGACGAAGAUUACGGGAUGGCCAUUGGGAUUUCCCUGGAAGGCGCAGGAACUGGAACCACGCCGUUGCCCGAGGGCAACGUAGGGGCAUACAGUCUGAGCUCCGUUCCGGGGAAAGAGAACAGCGAGGACAGCGAGAACAGCGACGACUCUAAGCUGGGCAGUUCCGAAACCUCAGCCGCCGUGGACUAGAUUUACUCAUCCCUCACCUAACAACCCUAUCCCUCAAACGCCCACCCCAACCAAGCAAAAAAAAGACAAAGGACGGCAAGGAACAAAACCCAGUGAGCCGG